UCCCCGCGUAACCCCUCCAACAACCCUACAAUCUUACCUUUACCACCCCCCGCGACAAACCAGAUAUCCCAAUCUUCCACACACGCCCAAUCUCUCGCUUAUCAUUCUUCCCUUGCAUCCAAUUCGCUCACCACACACAAAAAUGACCACACCAACCCCCCAAACCUGGACCCUCCGCCUAAAAUCCCACAAAACAACAGUCCUCCUCCACAUCGACCCCCUACACACCUUCGACACCAUAAAAGCCGCCUUAUAUGAUGCACUCCAGCAAACCGAAUUCCGCCACCCAGACACCGGUGCCGCAAUCCCUCUGCCCCCCUCGCCCUCAGAUAUCCAGCUCGGCCGCCCGGUCAACAUCAACGAUGCGCAUGAGGGCUUUAAGCUUGGGGAGUGGGAAUACAAUUCUAUUGAUGAUGCAGAGGAGGUAGAGGGGAAGGGUAAAGGUAAAGCGAAAGCUGUGGCGCCUGGGGGGAAGGGGGCGGCGAGUGCGAAACAGUGUCCUAAAGGUGCGGGGCUGAAGGAUGGGGCUGUACUGGCGUUUCGGUGGGUGGGGGAUGGGAAUUGGGAGGGUGAAGAGGAUGAGAAUGAGGAGGAAGGAGAGGGUGGGGGGAGGGGGAGGGAAGGGGAUAUGUGGGGGGUUCAGCUUGCGAGUUUUGAGGAUGCGUAUGGGGUUGAGAAUGAGGGGGAUGUUGGGGGUGGGAGGGAGUUUGAGGGGUGAGUGCUGGGAAGUUGGUUGAAUGGAUAAUAUGAGAUUGAGAUAUCUUGGAUUCGUCCAAGGUCGGCCAGGGAAAGGGCUUGAGAAGAUGGCGAAGUCCGGCACCAAGGCUAGUCUGGGGAGCAGUAAAAGCAAAAUACUGACUCGACGAAGUAUCCAAGUGGAUAGCACAGACGACAUGGAAGAGAGUUGCUUAGCCGUCGCUUGUAGGAUAUCGGAGAUGGAUGGGGAAAAGAUGAACUCCGUACAUACCUCUCACACUUGUCAACAUCUACAAAUAUAACAACAAAACAACUCACCUCUUCCACCCUCG